UGUGACGUGACCUCUCGUGUUAACAGAGAAGAGCUCAUAGCUAGAGUCUCCUCUCAGUUCAAUGGGAAACUCAAUAUCCUUGUAAACAAUGUGGGAACAAACGUACAGAAGCAGACCCUGGACUUUACAGCGGAAGAUUUCGCAUUCCUGAUGAAUACGAAUCUUGAAUCUUGUUUCCACUUAAGCCAGCUUGCACAUCCUCUCCUAAAAGCUUCAGAAGCUGCAAGUAUCAUUUUCAUAUCCUCCGUUGCUGGUGUUGUAGCUACAAACUUAGCAUCCAUUGUAUAUAGUGCAUCUAAAGGAGCAAUGAACCAAAUGACAAAAAAUCUAGCAUGUGAAUGGGCAAAUGACAAGAUAAGGAGUAAUUGUAUUGCACCUGGGGUAAUCAGAACUCCUCUGGCGGAAAAGAACUUGAAAGAGGAAACAAUUAUAAAUGCUGUAAUUCCUCAAAUCCCUCUGGGACGGAUUGGAGAGGCAGAGGAAGUGUCUUCGUUGGUGUCAUUUCUGUGCUUGCCUGCAGCCUCUUACAUCACAGGCCAGAUCAUUUGUAUUGAUGGCGGCUUCUCUGUGAACGGCCUCCAUGUAUUCUAGCCCUUAGUUUUCACUUUUUCUGUGUUACGUCAGUUACACUCUCAGUUGCA